ACACGAGGCAGUGAGGUAUUGAGGCUCGAUUUCGGUCUCAUUUUCAGAACAUAACGUGACAUACGGAUCUUUUAUCCGUAUUACAUUUUAUAAUUUACGCGUGUCGCUUUGUUCUUAAACGUAUUAAACAUCUCUAUACCACAAGAUGGGUAGAGAGGACAAAGCAACUUGGAAAGCUAACUACUUUGUGAAGUUGGUGAAUUUACUUGACGAGUUCCCAAAAUGUUUUAUUGUGGGAGCCGACAAUGUGGGUUCAAAACAAAUGCAACAAAUCCGUAUCAGUCUUCGUGGAAAUGCUGUCGUAUUGAUGGGCAAGAAUACAAUGAUGAGGAAAGCGAUAAAAGGUCAUAUCGACAGAAAUCAAUCUCUUGAAAAGAUUAUGCCUCACAUUAGAGGAAAUGUUGGAUUUGUUUUCACUCGUAGUGAUUUGGUUGAGAUCCGAGAUAAGCUUUUGGAAAAUAAAGUCCGUGCUCCAGCUCGUCCUGGUGCUAUUGCUCCUUGUCCUGUUGUUAUUCCUGCUCAAAACACUGGGCUGGGACCGGAAAAAACUUCUUUCUUCCAGGCUUUGUCUAUUCCAACUAAAAUCUCUAAGGGAACAAUUGAAAUCAUCAAUGAUGUGCAUAUUUUAAAAGAGGGUGACAAAGUAGGAGCUUCUGAGGCGACAUUAUUGAACAUGUUGAAUAUUUCUCCAUUUUCAUAUGGUUUAGCUGUACAAAUGGUAUAUGAUUCUGGAACUAUAUUUGAGCCCGAAAUUUUGGAUAUUAAGCCAGAAGAUUUAUUGAAAACUUUCUUAAUAGGAGUUUCUCAAGUAACAGCUGCUUGCCUUGCAAUCAGUUAUCCAACUAUUAUUUCUGCUCCUCACAUGUUGAUCAAUGGUUUCAAGAACUUGGUUGCAGUUGCUGCUGAAACUGAAAUUGAAUUCAAAGAAGCUACGACAUUCAAGGAAUAUCUUAAAGAUCCAUCCAAGUUUGCUGUUGCUGUUGCUGCUCCUGUAGAAAGUGCAGCUCCAGCUGAAGCUAAGAAAGAAGAAAAGGUAGAAAGUGAAGAAGAAGAAGAUGAUGAUAUGGGUUUCGGUCUAUUUGACUAACUUGUUCAUUUUAUUACUUUCAACUGAAAUAAAAACUAUUUUAAAACUA